CUUGCACAUAUUUGUAAUUCUUGAGUACCUAGUUUUUUGGAAAAGAGUCAAGUCUUCAUUUCGUGAAAAAUUAGCAAUUUUUAGUGCGAUGAUAAUAGUGUUAGUUGCAAAUUUGUGUAUUAUAAUCGGCGAAACUGUUGCGAUAAAAGACUGCAAAGAUUUGACAGGACUUGUCAAACAAAUCAACCCUAUUUGUUUUCAUACUAUAGGAUUGUUCAAAUGUAUCUGCAUAUUUACGAAUAUUGACGGCAUUAAUGAGUUAAUUAGUCAAAGUUUGUGCUGCGAUCGACUGCUCUUGAGAUUAAGUCGAAAAAAAACAGAACUUGAAGAAUACAAAAAAAUAAUGACGAAUUUUUCUCGGCAAAUAAAAAAACAUUCAUACACAUGGCUGUUUUUUUUAAUGUCGACAAUGUUCGAGUGGUUUAUAGUCCCACUGUUUCACCUCGUUUACAUUCUUGCGUAUCAAAAAGACCAAAUUACCGCAUCUUUAUUCGAAGAUCAUAAAAUAACAAUGAUUUCACUGCCCUGGAAAAUUAAUAAUUUGCUAAAGUAUUCUUUAACUUUUGGGUUUCAUCUAACCAACGGAGUUUUUUCCACUUUGGAACUUUGGUUCAGCGACAUGCUGCAUGUUUUUUUCUUGAUUAACAUCUGCGUAAAUUUGAAAUACUUCAACAGGAUGAUGAAGAAGAAAAAUUUUCCUAUUGAAAAUUUAAAGGAAUUUUUAAUAAUUCACCGAGAAAAUUUUGAGCUUGCUGAAAAAAUAAAAGUGGUUUUCAGUAAUUUAUUGCUUAUUACCUGUCUUGAAUGUAUGACUGCUUUGUGCCUGGUAUCGGUUGAAACAUCAACAUUUAAAGUUAAUUUGACCUUUCAGUCAAUUCUCAGGUUAAUAAGCCUCGUGAAGUACUGGGUUGGUACAUCCAUUGAGUUAUUCAUUUUCUGUUAUUUGGCGACAGUAAUUGACACUCUGAGCACCCAGUCUGCUGAAGCAAUUUACGAUUGCAAUUGGGAAGAAUUAGUUUACAAUAAUAGUUUCAAUAAAAAUCGACGGAAAGAAAUAAUAAAAAAAGGAAAAAUGAUAAAAUUCAUGCUGAUGCGUUCCCAAAAACAUAUUAUCAUGACCGGAAGAUCAAUUAGCGUUUUUUCUAUGCAAUCAUUUGAAACUAUUGUUAAAUUCUCAUUAGCCAACGCUCUGAUAGUGCGUCGCUUCGCUAUGAAAAGUUGAGUAAAUAAUUUAAAUUCAUUGAAAGAUUAUUUAAAAAUAAAAGUGCUGGGAGGAGAGUGAAUAAGGACACACAUGAACUGGUAGAGAAGCUAGUGGGGAUCAGAGAAAGUGAACAGUGGACCCCAACGACAACCGUAUAAGGAGCGCGCGUAAAUAUCAGGAGAGUAUCCGCUUGUGGAGCAUUGCUGGAUGCUCCACUUGCGCCAUGCUUACUUGAUCAUACUACCACGUGUUUCGACGAGGUCUUAGUCACAAAUUACUCAGUACGCUAGCGGAUAAUAUCUACUAGACCAUGAGUGCCUAGUAUCAAUAAGUUUUGUUUGAAUUGCACGUGGCGGUCUGCCUUAUAUUAAUCCUUUUUUUAUCAUUCAUUAGUCUAUAAAAAUCGUAGUUACA